UAUGUGAAUGAUUGUGAUUAUGAAAUUCUAAAUGCAUUGGAUGCAGAUAACUAUGGGAAACCCUUGUUAGUGAAGAAAUAUUUGGGAGCAGUAGCAUUCAACAACAUAACAAGACUAGCAUUUGGAAAACGUUUUGUGAAUUCAGAGGGGGUGAUGGAUGAGCAAGGUCUUGAAUUCAAGGCUAUUGUAGCCAACGGUCUCAAGCUCGGAGCAUCGCUUGCCAUGGCAGAGCACAUUCCAUGGCUUCGUUGGAUGUUCCCUCUCGAGGAAGAGGCCUUCGCCAAGCAUGGUGCGCGUAGGGACCGACUCACCAGAGCUAUCAUGGAAGAACACACGCUUGCUCGCCAGAAGAGUGGCGGUGCCCAACAGCAUUUUGUCGAUGCAUUGCUCACUCUGCAAGAGAAAUAUGAUCUUAGCGAGGACACCAUUAUUGGUCUCCUUUGGGACAUGAUCACUGCAGGCAUGGACACUACUGCUAUUUCGGUUGAGUGGGCAAUGGCUGAGCUGAUCAAGAAUCCGAGGGUGCAACAAAAAGCUCAAGAGGAGCUAGACCGUGUGAUUGGAUCUGAACGCGUCAUGAUUGAACCCGACUUCUCCAACCUCCCUUACCUACAAUGUAUAGCCAAAGAGUCAUUGAGGUUGCACCCUCCAACCCCAUUGAUGCUUCCCCACAGGGCCAACGCCAAUGUCAAGAUCGGUGGCUAUGACAUCCCUAAAGGGUCUAAUGUUCAUGUAAAUGUAUGGGCUGUAGCUCGUGAUCCAGCAGUUUGGAAAAACCCUAUGGAAUUCCGACCUGAACGAUUCUUUGAGGAGGAUGUUGAUAUGAAGGGUCAUGAUUACCGAUUAUUGCCUUUUGGAGCUGGGAGGCGUGUUUGCCCCGGUGCUCAACUUGGGAUCAACUUGGUAACAUCUAUGCUCGGUCACCUUCUACACCAUUUUGUCUGGACACCUUCGGAAGGGGUGAAGCCAGAAGAGAUCAAUAUGUCAGAGAACCCUGGAUUGGUUACCUACAUGAAGACCCCAGUACAAGCUGUUGCUAAACCAAGAUUGCCUGCUUACUUAUACAAACGCGUUGCUGUCGAUAUAUAAUUUUACUUGUUAUUUGUCAUUUUUAUUCCUAGGUUUUCAUCAUAAUUGAACUCUUAAUGAGAAUGUAAUGUGUUCCAAGUAAUUUUGUGGGUACCAAAAUCAAAUAUACAAGCAUUUGUGCAGGCGGACAUCCCCCUGCCUUUUGCAUGUUUGUUUUUUUUA